AUGGAUUCGACACAACCGGAGAGCCCUGCUGGACAGACUACGAUUUUUGAAAGAAUCGAAAGGAUAAUGAGGGACGCGUUGGGUUACGUGCCUCCGAUUUCAUACUUGCCCUACAGGGAAGUUCCACGAGAACAAAGAUUAUUUACAUGGGAAACACCCGCAGUUGGUGCUUAUAGAAUCGGAAGAUUGGAGGAAGACGCAGAGAAUCUGAUACAGGCUAUGCGAUCGAAACAGUCCUUCUGCGCAAGCUGUAUAGUGGUCAGUCGAGACAUUACUCUUUUGUGCCGAAAUAUGGACGAAAACCCUGAAGCAGUUUGCACCUUUGUAUGGACUGUUGUUCUGGAAACCCUUUUGGAAGCGGUCGAAAAGGCUGCCAAUUUUGAACUGCGGGAAUUUACCCAGUCUCAUUCAGGAGCUACUGUUGGAAUGAUUGUAGAGCCUUUGGAUUACGUUUUCACCGAGAAAGGAAAACGUUUCGCCAGAAUGCGCUUCACGCCUCUUCAAACCAGCCUAGAGACGUCUCAGCUAGAAGAACUACUAUCCGUUGAUUUGCAAGAGGAACUCAGCGUUACUAUUGACGUUUUUGCAACAUCAGAAGAAGACUGCUUAUUCAAAAACAUACGAGCAGGCCCUAUCAACGUGAAUCCGGACUCUGAUGAAAGUAUAUUGUGGGCAAAAUCUAUGCUUCAUAGAUGUAGCAACGAGCAUCCGGGUUGUCCUAACGACAAACCUGUUCCACUGCCUACCCGCGUGGUCGAAAUAAUGGAGAAUGGAAAACUCAGGCUCGCUACUAAACAGCCUAAUGCCUUAUAUGCUACCUUGAGCUACUGUUGGGGUGGGCCGCAACGUUUCCAAACGACAAAAGAAACGCUAUCAGCGAAGAGCAAAAUGUUUGAUAUUGACGAGCUACCCAAAACGUUGCAAGAUGCUGUUCUAUUGACCCAUAAACUUGGAAUGCGUUACAUUUGGAUCGAUUCCUUAUGUAUCAUUCAAGAUGAUGAGGAAGACAAAUCGAAGGAAUUGGCUGAUAUGGCGAGGUAUUACAGUAUGGCGCAUGUCACUAUAUGUGCUGGCGAUAAGGACUGUACUACAGGUUUCCUUGCACCACAUAGUGGUUGUGAGGACCAUCCGGAAUCUGAUAUACCAAAGGAUCUGUUACGGCUACCUGUACUUCAUCUGUCUGAUGAAGAUUCCGUUGAAAUAACGACUUUGCUAUUCAGGCCCAAGAAUACCCACAUCCGGCGAGCAGACCCCAUAGAACGGCGAGCAUGGACCUUUCAAGAGCGUAUAUUAUCACCGCGCGUUCUUUUCUACGGAUUUGACCGCAGUCUUUGGCAGUGCACCUUCGAGAUCAAUGGAAAUGGAGGAAUUGAGGACUGGAAACGCCCUAAGCAGGACGUCAACCCUUCCGACAACUUCGAACCUUCCGGCAAUUUCGAUUAUCAAAAAAUUCGCGUGGCGUUGCUGCAAGGCCAACUUGCAGCAGAGGGCAAGGAAGUGAUCGAUCUCAGUCAGCUACGAAAGCUGUGGCACUACUCAGUCGAAGAAUACACCUGUCGCGCACUUACAAAUCAAAGCGACAAACUACCAGCAAUAUCAGCACUUGCGUCUCGGUUCGGCGAGAUCUUUCAGGAGCCAUCAUAUGCUGGCCUAUGGAUAAAUGAUCAAAAAGAUCUUAUCUCACAGCUUCAAUGGUCCACAUUUCCUCAACUGGGAUUCAUACCCUCGCACUCGGGCGCACCUUCUUGGUCUUGGGCGUCGGUCACAAAUAGAGUGACAUACUCUAGAGCACCGUCAAACCCCAUAGUCAACGAGGUCGAAUUACACCUUCGAUCAACUAAAACUGACGAACCCGAUGCUUUACGCAUCUACGCACCAAUCAUCACGUUUGAGGGAAUCACGUUUGAGGGAGGAGGAAAAAAAGUGAUAGAGCUUUUACUGCGGAAGGAAUAUGUUUUUCCUCGGUCCAGCACGUCAGACAUAUCAACUUUUGUCGACAAUCUUGCUCAUGAAAAUCAAUCCUUAGGCAGUCCGACCAUACCGUCAAACAAAGACUGGACCGUGCCACCAGGAAGCGCCCUUUUGAUUCUUGCGGUAGCACUUAAGGAAGACCGCAAUAGAAUAGUUGAUAAGUUUCAAGCAAAUGAGGUAAACCUUUGCGGGCUUGUUAUUGCUCCAGUGGGCGAGGAAACGGUUGCUGUACAACAGGAAGUCGAAGGAAUGGGGCAGGAAAGGGAGAAGAAAUGGCAGCGCGUAGGCCAGUUCAGUGAGAUCGAUGGAGCACGAAUGCCUGGGGCAGUUCGCUAUGUAAUGGAUAAGUCAAAUAAAGAGUGGGUGUACAUAGUAUAGAUGUUAUUCCUACGAGUACGGUUGGCGAACGUCUUAGUUAUUCAUAGCGAGGAUAUAUUGUAAUUUGUAUAUGUAUAUGUAAGAAUCAACCAAAGUGCUUUCAUUUCAUCAACAAGUUGAACAUUUGCACGGUUAAUACCACUGACUGUAUCAGUGUAUACUGUAAACUGUAAACUGCAAAUCAAGGGAGCAGAGUGA